UUUACUUCAAAGCGACGGUUGUGCUCAGUUCGUUUCAAAUAAGAGCAUAUAAGGGGACAUACAAUAAUAGAUAUAUAAUUAUAUUAUACUAUAUCUUAUAAACCGUAAAUUUACGAUAUGGAACCGGGUGCUGGCGCGGUCAAUAACGAAGGCACUGAAUCUAUCUGCGGCAUGCCGGUGGAGGCCCACGACCCGCUGUACCUGCAGGCCUACCGUCAGAGCAUUCAGGAUCCGGAGGCCUUCUGGGAGGAGCAGGCCCAACUGCUCGACUGGGACCAACCCUGGCAGCAGGUGCUGGACAAUAGCAAUCCCCCCUUCACCAAGUGGUAUGUGGGCGGCUAUCUGAAUGCCUGCUAUAAUUCCAUCGAUCGGCAUAUACUGGCCGGCAGGGGCUCCAAGGUGGCUCUCAUCCACGACAGCCCCUUGACGGGAACGGCGCGCCGCGUAACCUACCAGGAACUGUACGAUCAGAUUGUCUUGCUAGCCGGUGGCCUGGCCAAACUGGGCGUGGUCAAGGGUGAUCGCGUGGUGAUCUAUAUGCCCCUGAUCCCAGAGACCAUCAUCGCCAUGCUGGCCAUCGUUCGGUUGGGUGCCAUUCACUCGGUAGUCUUCGGUGGCUUUGCCGCCAGAGAGCUGUGUUCGCGGAUCGAGCAUGUGGAGCCGAAACUGGUGAUUGCCUCCAAUGUAGGUGUAGAGCCAGGCAAGGUGGUGCCCUACUUGGACAUUCUCCACUCGGCCAUUAGUAUGUCACGCUGGAAGCCCCCUCAGCGCAAUAUUAUAUUCCGCCGGGACAAUGUCAUUCCUGACACCAGCAGGCUGGACCCGGAGGCUGAUGUUCUCUGGUCCGAUGUUCUGAAAAUGUCUGAGGGGGAGCAACCGGUGGCCUGUGUUCCCAUCGAGGCCAACGAUCCGCUGUAUAUCCUGUAUACAUCUGGCACCACGGACAAGCCGAAGGGAGUCCUGCGAACCAUUGGCGGUCACCUGGUGGCACUCAUGUAUACGCUGCGCACCAUCUACGGCAUCAGUCCCGGUGACACUUGGUGGGCGGCCUCCGACAUGGGCUGGGUGGUGGGACACUCCUACAUCUGCUAUGGCCCGUUGUGCCUGGGAGCCACUAGCAUCAUGUACGAGGGCAAGCCUGAUCGCACACCCGAUCCUGGCCAGUACUUUAGGAUCAUCGACCAGUACAAGGUCCGUUCCAUAUUCUCGGUGCCCACUUCUUUCCGAGUGAUCCGUCGCGCCGAUCCGGACAUCAGCUAUGGCCGCCAGUACUCCACGAAAUCCCUGCGAGCCAUCUUCAUUGCCGGCGAGCACUGCGACUAUGAGACCAAGAACUGGAUAGAGAAGACCUUCAAGGUCCCGGUGCUUAACCACUGGUGGCAGACGGAGACGGGUUCCGCUGUGACCGCCACCUGUUUGGGCUUCCAACAGAACCUCAGUCCGCCCACCUACUCCACGGGCCUGCCUCUGAUGGGCUAUGACGUCAAGAUCCUGAAGCCCGAUGGUAGCGAGACCCAGUCCAUGGAGUUGGGAAGGAUUGUGCUAAAACUACCCCUGCCCCCAGGCAACAUGGCCACAUUGUACAAGAACGAGGAGCUCUUUCGCAAGCUGUAUUUCCAAAAGUUUCCGGGCUACUACGACACCAUGGAUGCUGGGUAUAAGGACGACCGUGGCUAUAUUUUUGUGACGGCUCGCGAUGACGAUGUGAUUAAUGUGGCUGGUCAUCGACUAUCCACCUCUAGCUUAGAAGACGCCGUCCUGCGGCAUCCAGACGUGGUCGAUGUGGCUGUGUUUGGAGUUCCGGAGGCCACCAAGGGUCAGGUGCCACUCUGCCUGUACAUACCCGUGGAGAACUGCAAGAAGACCGAUGCCAAGCUGUCGACUGAGAUUAUAAAGUUAAUCCGGGAUGUGGUGGGGCCCAUCGCUGCCUUCCGGCUGAUUACCUCCGUGAACAACCUGCCACGUACUCGUUCCGGCAAGACGAUGCGGAAAGCUAUGGCUGAUUUUGCCCGGAAUGAGCGUGUGAUCCUGCCGGCCACCAUUGAUGAUGCCACUGUCUUCACCGAGAUACGGCGGGCUCUUCAGCAAUUGGGUUACGCGAUGACUGCCCCCGAACCAAUUGUGGCCAAGCUACUGGACUGAAGGGUGAAGUCCUGCGGCAGAAAGUGUCUGUCCCCCCCCCCAUAGUUUGUACGAUUCCCGAGAAUGGAAAUAAAAUUUAAGCAAG